ACCAGCCAAAGAACCAAAAGACCAAGACAUGAAAUGAAAUUGAAAUAAAACAACAACAACACAAACAAAAAACAACCUUAACAACAACAAAUGGCAUCAUUAGCAACAAAUUUCUCAGGUUUUGUCCUAUUCUUCCCCAUUGGAAUUCAUCGUUUAGUCUCUUCAUCCUCUCUCUACAUUCAAAACCCAUCUCAUUUCCGAUCCAAACUCUGGUAUCUCUCCGACCCAAAAUGGAAAAAUCUCGAUCUUUAUCUUCUUCUCAUAGCUUUACCUAUUGCAUCACUCUCUGAAUUUUUUCUCUUUCUCUCUUUUUCUAACCACCCAACUUACAGAUUCUCAUUCUUCCAACAAUCUUUCGCUGUUUUAGCCUUCUGGGUCUUGAUCAUAUUGAUCAUUUUCUUUGAAUAUGUUAACUCGAUCUUUGUUAAUGAAAGUUUUGUUUUUGUUUUUGGUGGGGUUGUUUUUUUGAUGGAAUAUUCUGUUAUGGAUAAAGGGAUUUCAGGUGUUGCUGGUGUUGUUUAUGGAUUGUUAGGUGGAUUGACUCUUGUUUGUUCUUUUGCUUGUUUUUAUUUGUCUGUUAAGCCUUCUGCUUUUUUUGCUGAGUUUUUUUUGUCUUCUGGGUUGGUUUUUAAGGGUACUUGGUUGUUGCAAAUUGGGUUUUCUUUGUAUACUGAUGUUUUUGGAUUGAAAGGGUGUAAAAAGAUUUCGAUUUCGAGUUUGACUCCUCAAAUGGAUAAUGUUGAUGUUCAAUGUGAUCUUAAUGAGGAUAGUUUGAGGGGUGUUGCUAUGAUGGAACUAUUGUUCAUUUUGCAUGCUAUUGUGGUGUUAGUUUUGGUACUUGGAUUGUUUGGAGUGUUGGCUGGUAAUAGGAAUUUGAGAGGUGGUGAGGCGAAGGGACCGUUGUUGUCUGAGCAUGAUGUUUCUGAGCUGGAGAUGGGAUGAAAUUUGAAUGGAUUUUGUUUUGAUGGUGACAAUGAAGGAAAGUUUGCAAUGUGAAUCGAUAAUGUUUUUUGAAAUUCCAGGGAAGUUGUUCAUGGAGUAAUUGUUGGAGGAGAAUAGUAUACCAAAAGAGACAAACCCUCCAUUGGUAUUCAAAUCCUCAAAAGCUUCUCCUCUCAACUCUGGUGGAGGAAUGGCUGACCAGCUGCAAGGUGGUGUCUUUAUCCAUUUAUCUGAAUUUCCAACAUCCACGAGCUCCUG